UUAUUUCUUUUUUUAAAUACACAAUCUUUAUAUACGGUUGAAAUUCGUUGUUAACGUUUAACAUUUAAUGCAAGAGGUUUUCGCGAGAACUGUUGCGGAAAUUAAACGUUGUAGCUACGAAGCCUUACACGGCUUUUCGUUAGCCUGGCUAGCUAGCCAGUAAGAUGAAAUAGCGAUAUUCGGCUACCUACGAUAGCUAGCUACAUGUGUUUAUUAGCUGGUGACUUAGCUAGACUCGGCGUAAUUGCAUCGGCUACAUUUCGCGAGCCUCGAUAGUUUAUAAACUUUAUGGUUCGUGUUACUAGCUACGUGUCUAGGAGAACCGCGAUCGACGCCCGGUACCCUUGAAAGGUCCGUCGAAAAAUACUAAGAAAGCGGGAAGUAUGUGAAUUUAAGCGCAUGACCGUAGCAUGCAGAACGACGGCGACGAUAUUCAUGGAGGGAAAAAAAAGUUGAGAGACUGCUGCUGGCCAACGUUACAAGUCAGCAGCGCCGCUGCACACACGUUUAGACAAAGUACUCAUCGUUUCGCACAAACACCGCUGUAUACGUGUGUGUGUGUGUAAGGUGUUAAAAAAAUGCUUCGUUUCGUACUGUCUGUAUGCCUUUCCUGUGGUUACGUCGGGGGAACUACCCUGGAUUUCCAGGCAAAAAUUUUAAAAGACACAUGUUCAGUUGGAUGGUGCUGUUAGCCGUUUUCACGCUGAAAAUCUUGCCCGCCACUGAUGUAUAAACUUCGGAGUCGGGCGCUGUUUUUUUUCUCAUAGUUACGGUAAGAAUGCGCGCUUCCCGCUACAGACGCUCCCCAGACGCCGGGGAGACGCCGCCGAGGUGGGAGUGUCCGCCCCUGCCGACGGUCCUCUCACUUUCGGCCCGAACUCCCCCGGAGUGCCGCCCUGACCUUGAGCGCUUCUUUACCGGCCUUUUAAGGCAUGAGCCAUGUGUGAACGGGACAGAAAACGUGUCUUAGUCGCCUUUUAAACUUAUUUAAUAACUCAAUUAAAAUGUAAUCCAGCAUUUCAGAUUGAUUUGGAAGGGUAUUUUCUGCGUGUUUUACAUCCCAAAGACCAUGUGCUCUCGGAAUGUUACUCAUGAAGAGAAAGUAAUGUAAAUACUGAAGCCUAUGGAAUUAUUUUAGUCAUUAGCGAACAUGCAGCAGUACCGUAUUUCCAAAAGUCAAAAUGAACAACCUACUUUUAAAACGUUUUAAAUUGUUUUUCAGUAAUUGGUUGGCAUCUAAUUUCGUUGCACAUGAAAGGUGACAAUAAAGAUAUUAAUUCAAUCAAUCAAUUAUUUCUUUAUCUUUGGAAUUGACUUAUUUUCCUGUUUGGCUUCCAGACAUUCUGACACCAAAUUAGCUUUGAGAAGACUUUAUUGUCGAUUAUGUGAAUGAUAUUGAUAUCAUUAUUAAUACACCAUCAAUAUUUGUGUUUUAUUCAUGUUUGUCUGGACUUUGCCACCAUAGUACACUUAGUAUUGGUAUCUUUCUGUUCAAGUCAAAAUAAGUGCGGGUGUUUUAUGCAGAUGACGAUGCUUAAUACUAAUGGUAGAUCCACAUCCUUGACAUUGAAAAGUUUUAGUAAAAGCCUGACAGACAUCCGGACAUUAAGUGAGACUUAAAGUUAUUUGGAUUAGCUCGUUACAGCUGUAUAUUUAUUAAUUUCAGACUAAGUGCUUUGCUGAAGCUGCACAGUAGACUUCCCCCUGGUGUCUGAAAGCUGCACUUCACUGUCGUCUGUUUCCAGAUUUUGAUGCCCGGUGGGCUCUGAAUGUGGUUGGGCACAGAGGUGUGCGGAAGCCAUGGCGGAAGAUGGUGUGCGGUCAGUGGCCUCCAGGAGAGAGAGCUUUGGAGCAGACGAGGGCGACUCGGCACCCAGUAUGCUGCUCCAGAAGCUGAAGAGCAACAUCUCCAAAUCAAUACAGUGCAAAGUGGACUCGAUCCUGCAGGAUGUACAGCGCUUCUCUGAUAACGACAAGCUCUACCUGUACCUGCAGCUGCCGUCCGGCCCUGGAGCUGCGGAGAAAAGCAGCAGCAGCAGCGAUUCCAGCUCCUUCAAUGUGGCUGACCAGCUGCACACUUGCAACUGGAUCCGCAGCCACCUGGAGGAGCACGCCGACACCUGUCUGCCCAAGCAGGACGUCUACGAGGCCUACAAGAGAUACUGUGACAACCUACAUUACCGGCCACUCAGUGCAGCCAACUUCGGCAAGAUCAUCCGUGACAUCUUCCCCAAUAUCAAGGCCCGGCGACUUGGUGGGAGGGGCCAGUCAAAAUACUGCUACAGCGGGAUCCGGCGGAAGACCGUGCUCAGCAUGCCCCUGCUGCCCAGCCUGGACCUCAAGAACGAUCCGUCGGAGCUAACGGAGUUGGUGCAGACCUACAAGCAGGAGGUGACGGAGGCGGCGUGCGAGCUCAUCUGCAACUGGGCCGAGAAGAUCCUGAAGCGUUCCUUCGACACGGUGGUGGAGAUCGCCCGCUUCCUGGUGCAGGAGCACAUCGUCAACCCGCGCUGUAGCCAGGCCGAACUCGUCACCUCUGCCACCUUGGCAGGCGGCCCUGCAAAGCCUCACAAGGUGAUGAAGAAGACUCCAGCCCUCCCUAAAGGGGGCAGUGCAGAUGGAGAGGGGAGUGGCUCUGAAAACAAGGACAGAGACGGAGGGGAGCAAGCUUCGCCUAGCAAGGCCACGUCGGCCGAGAAGCAGGGCAAAGGGGCAGAUUCUGGGAAGACUGGGGGUCGCGACCUGCAGGUGGAGGCGGCGAUGAAGCGUUUCCCCUUGCUAUUGCCACGGCGCCCAGACAAGGCCCUGCUGCCGGUGCGCUCCUUACCUCCGGCGCCCAAAGACAUGAAGGUCACGCUACCCAUUACGAUGCCCACCACGCUGCCCGUCAUGAUCCUACCCUCGGGCAUGAGCCUGUCCUACCACGAGAGGGAGAGACCUCCCCCAGCCGUCACCGUCCCGGCUACACCGGCACCUGGGGCCGUCCAGCGGUCCCGGGCUGCCCCCAAGCGGACUGCUGAGCCGGUGUCCGCUGAUGGGGCUGCGGGGGGCGCAGGGACCCCUCCCAAAAGGAAACGGGGCCGGCCCAGAAAGCCCCGGCCAGAGGAGACGGCGCAGCCGGCCCCGACCACGCCGACGCCUGUGGCUGCCGUGCCUGUGAGCGGGGGAGUUAUCCAAAAGGCACUCCCUGCCUCAGCAGUACCUUCCCAGCAGCCUCGGCCGGAGGUGAUGGAGCUGGUGAUCCAGGAAGAUUCCGCCCCCGCGACGGUGCUGGACCUCGGCACGGAGGAUGCCGGAGGUGCCUCCCAUCGCCUGCUAACGCUGCAGCACAAUGCCACCGGCGCAACCUCGCAGGCCAUGCCCUACCCUGUCCUGCUUCUGCCAGGAGCCAGCCACCCACUCAAGACCGUAGUGAGCCCCGGCUGGGAGGGGGGCAGGGCUGCGGUGGAGGUCAUCCGGAGGGCCCCGGUAGCAAGGGAGAACCGGUCACAGGCCGAGGCUCCAGCUGCAGCCCUGGACACCCUGCUGGAGAAUAAGGAGGUCGAGAUCACCCUCACCCCCGUGGAUUCCCUCUCCGAACCCCUGCUCACCUCUGAGGCCGAAUCGGACUGUCCCCAGCCCGGUGCCAGCGGGCAAGCGAACAUACCCUAACCCUACCCAGCCCCCCCAACCUCUACCUACUACCCUUCCCCCAAAGAUGCCAGUGGAGAUUAAGCAAAGGACACUGAGAGCUUCCAGGAACCAGUAAUACGGAUCCCCUCCACUGUCCCCUUUGAAACAGUCGUGAUAUUUUGUUGAUCGGUCGGAAAAAUCUGUGAUUGGCGUCGAUGGCAGUCGAUGAGAUUGGCGAAGCCAAACCACUAAUGACCUGUGAUUGGUGGCAGCUGACGACACCCCCUUCGGGCGCACCCUGUCCCUCGGUAACGAAGUGGGCAGUUAAGGCCUGCGUUGUUAUAAAUAGUGCAUGUUUUUUUCUAAGUAAAUGCAAUUCUGUGUCCCUGUAAGCCUAUCACUUAAUUUAUGCUGUCAUGAUGUAACAAGGGGCUAUAUAUCUAUACGGGUUUAGACUUCACAUACGUUUGAGUGCCACAUUUAUCUACAGUAUGACACUGUACUGGUAUUUUUAUUUUUUAGGUUUUUUUUUCAUGUUUUUAACUGACUGAAAAGUUUGUCUUGCCAUUUUUUUCAGUGUCUGACUUUUAAAAGGGAUUGUUUGACGAUUUGUUGUUUUCAUGGUAUAAGUUUGUGUGAUUUCUGUUACUAGCACCCUGUGCUUUUUUGCCUGCCCCGGCAAACUUACCCGGAACCCACCUGAUCGUCACAAACCUUCAUCAAGAGGAUCAGCAGAUUUGCUUUAUCCUAAGACAACAUCGUGACUUGAGGUUCCUCGCCAAGCGCUUUGAAAAACGCGACAGAAUCUUAUCUAAUGAUUUUGAAAAUGCAGUUUGACCACUUCCAAUGAGCACUGAUGGAUGUUGAGCAGCCCCUUUGUUGUCAUGGUAUCUACAGCAUUCUCGGCACACCUGGAACCACCUGUACCUUUCUCGUUGACCUGACUGACAGCACUUCCCUCUUUGUUCCAGUUGUUACAUAUCGGAAAAACCCACUGUGGGCAAACGGCUUCCACCUAAGAUAAUUUGCCAGUUAGGAUGUAUGCUUUCAUGGCUCUCAGAAUCAAUGAGCAAAGAUCUGAAACCUUCACAGAAAAAGGUGAACAACAGUCAGUGAAGAGCCUGUUGGACUGUGCUUGACGAUCACUCCCGAUGGCACAAAAACCUUGCUGUAAAGAUUUAAGCAUUUUGAAUUGGCACUUUUAACUGUAGUUAAUGCUUAGCACUUUAAUUUUUUCCUUUCCUAAGAAGUCUCUUCCCAAUGAAAGGUGCUUUACUGUGGUGUAGUCCUGCACGGUUCGGGUCUGUUACCCGUGGAGCAAAAACAAAACCAAAUUCCUUUUGUAAUAAUUUUGCAGUAAGAGGUAACUUUCUGUGAUGAACUGCAGCUGCAGGAGAUGCAAGGAAAACAAAAAAUCCAGGUGCAAAAGGCCUGUAAUAGUGGAAACGCUGGAAUCUGACUAGUAUGUCAGCUGCCAGUCUUAUUUACAGUGUUCCACCAUACAGGUCCUCACAUCCAAGACUAGUUCAGUUAGCCACGUGAAGAUAGAGAACUUGUAUAGUUUAAUUUGACUAAUUCAUUCAGCAAACGAAUGAAUGGACGUAUAAAAGAAGUUAAUAUCACAUCGUACUUGUAUGUCAUGCAGAAAUACAGUUCUGACUUUGACAUAUUUAAGCCAAUAUAUUUUUUUAAUCGACCUGUACAUGCUUUUGUUGAGUGAUUUGAUACGUGUGAGUUUGAGCCAUAUUUUAAAGUGUAUUUAAUGUCUGAUCCAGGCAGGAAGUGGGAGAUCCAGUCUGGCUAAAUGUCACCUUAAUAAGGGCUCGUUUUCUUGGCUUUCAGCGGUUCCUCCAACCCCUCUAGUCCUUCUGCUUGUCUCUUGCACUUUAUUGUUCAUUUCAGCCAUUGAAAUAAUUGUGUUUUUCAUUUCUAGUGGUGUGCACAUGAUUUUAAAAAUGAUGGUUUGAUAAAACAAUAUGGCACCUUAUAUGUUGGUGGUAUUAAAUGUAACUGGCUGCAGCUUGUAUUCAGUUGUUGAGUAUCUCUUGUUUUAGAUUUACAUUACAGAAAUGUUGACCCAGUUGAAAACUAAACAGUAACGCCAACUGUUAAUAUAUUUUCAUAACCCAACUAUAAUAAUUGUUGUGUACAUAAAUUAGUGUGAAAUGCACAGUUUUUGUACAACUUUUUUGCCUCAAGUAAAUGCUGGCAAGUCA